AUGUUACCGUCCGGGGAAGCUUGUAUUAAGAUCUCGAACUCUGUAAUUGAGAAGAAUAGAAAAUCUUGGGAACCAUUUGUCCAGGGACAGUUCUACUCUGACCCUCCAUCGCAAGGCACUCUUCAUAACAUCGUCAAUGGCAUAUGGAGCAAGUACUAUAGGGACAUCUCGGUCUCCAAGCUAGAGGGCUUUGCGUUCCUAUUCUGCAUUCCUAACGCAGCAACGAGGCACAUAGUCAUUACGCAGGCCUUUGGCAAAUUGAAGGCCAGACUAUUUGGUCAUCCCACGUUCUUGCACCCUGCUACCGCAAAUAAAACUAACUUGGAGGUGGCCAAGGUCUUCACGGUCAUCAACCCGAGGCAACCACUCCCUGAAGCUGUUAAUGUCCAGUUUGACUCCAGGGAUAUAAGCAGGGUUCUUGUCUCCAGCCCUUGGAUGCCUCCGGUGUUUGGUUUCUGUAAGGAAGUUGGACAGAUGAUCACGGUUGAGGUGACUUGGCCCUCUGCUCAAACCAGCUCCUUCAUCUCAGUUAUCUAUGCGGCUAACGUCGCCGCUGAUAGGUCUAUUCUAUGGUCGGAGAUCAAUGCGCUCGCCGUCUCUCACAGUCUCGACUCCAAGCCGUGGCUGGUAAUUGGCGACUUUAACCAAAUCAGGGACCCUGCUGAACAUUCUAAGGUGCCUACUCUGAAUAUGGACAAGAAUAUUAGAGACUUUAAUCAGUGUCUUCUGGUUGCAAGCUUAGAAGACCUUAACUUUCGUGGCACUACUUUCACUUGGUGGAACAAGCGCAAAUUGGCUCCGCUAGCAAAGAAGCUAGACCGAGCCUUGGUAAAUGACGAAUGGUAUUAUAUGUUCCCAUCUUCUGUUGCUUUCUUUGGAAUCCCGGAUUUUUCUGAUCACGCAGUCAUCGCCAUCCCUCUAGAGCCUAGUUUCGAAGAAACUCAAGUUACUGAAGAAUGUUAUCAGAGAGCUAAGCAAGCAAAUCAUUCGGGUAUUGAGAAAAAGACUGCUCUGGCACAUGAGAAGAUGUUGGAGGCUCAGACUGUCAUGUUAUCUUCACCAUCUGUAUCUAAUGCCUCCUUUGAGCUCCAAGCUGUGAAGGACUGGGAAGAGUACGCUGCUUCCAGACAGGGGCUCAAUCAUAUCCAUUUUCUCAUCUCUAGCUCUGGUGAAAGAGUUGAGUCUCAGACUGGUAUUCAAGAGCUGUGUGUCAUCUAUUUUUCUGAUCUUCUUGGAAGUCCGAAACCAUUCACGGCUGAUGAUAUAAAGAACGCUUUCUUCUCCCUGCCAAGAAACAAGACUGGUGGCCCAGAUGAGGUUACUGAAGCUAUCUUGGAAUUCUUCAAGUCUGGCUGCCUACUGAAGCAGUGGAACUCAGCAAAUCUGGUCCUCAUCCCUAAGAAGCCAAAUGCGUCUCUCACAACGGAUUUUAGACCUAUUUCUUGCUUGAACACAGUAUAUAAAGUGAUAUCUAAGCUUUUGGCCUCUAGAUUGAAGGCGAUUCUUCCCCUUAUGGUGUCCAAGGCUCAGUCGGCCUUUCGUCCCGGACGACUUCUAGCUGAGAAUGUCCUCCUAGCGACUGAUCUUGUCAAAGGCUACAAUACUCAGGCUCUCUCUCCUCGUGGAAUGUUGAAAGUGGACCUGAGGAAAGCCUUUGACUGUGUUAGGUGGGACUUCAUUCUGUCAUCUCUUCGCGCCUUGGCCAUUCCGGAGUCAUAUAUUUGUUUGAUAACAGAAUGUUUGUCUACUGCCUCCUUCUCCGUCUCGGUCAAUGGAAUCUCUGGAGGCUUCUUUAAAAGCACUAAAGGGAUAACACAGCGUGACCCGCUAUCUCCUUAUCUUUUUGUGCUUGCCAUGGAAUGUCUGUCUCGGUUACUAUUAUCACGCUAUGAGAUGUGCGGCAUCGGUUAUCAUCCCGGAACUGAGCAUCUAAAGAUCUCUCACCUCAUGUUCGCCGACGACGUCAUGGUGUUCUUCGAUGGAACAAGUAACAGCCAUAGUAUUGCGGAGUGUCUCGACGAUUUCGCCUCUUGGUCAGGACUGCACAUGAGUUUCCCCAUAUAUAUCGGUGAUUGA